GACAGGGCCGUCCGCCCCCUCCCCGUCGCCCAGCAGGGCCACAGCUGCCUGGGGAGCAUGCUGUCAACAACCAUGGUGGGGGCUCUGGCUAGAGGAUGGAGGAAUCGAAGCUCUCCUCGAAGGGCCAAAUCCAAGCUUCUUAUUCCACAGAGCCAAGGUAGAAUUCGGAUUCGGGAUGUGCACCAGUUGCGUCUUGAAGUGCCAGCAGCUGUAGCAGAAGUUCCAGAGCCCAGGACCACAGCCAGGCGCGCCUCCUCCCCAGAACUGGCGACCAUGGAGCUCUCUGACAGCGACCGCCCCGUCAGCUUUGGCUCCACGUCGUCCUCGGCCUCUUCCCGGGACAGCCACGGUUCCUUCGGCAGCAGAAUGACCUUAGUUUCAAACAGCCACCUGGGCUUGUUUCACCAGGACAAGGAAGCCGGGGCCAUAAAACUGGAGCUGAUUCCAGCCAGGCCGUUUUCCAGCAGCGAGCUGCAGAGGGACAGCCCGGGCGUGCAACAGGACACGCACGAGGGCAGCGAGAGGCAGCCCCGGGCCCAGCGGAGAGGGGAGGCGAGCGGGGCGACCAGAACAGGUGCGGAAUCGGCCACCAGCCCCAAGCUCCUCUACGUGGAUCGAGUCGUUCAGGAAAUUCUGGAGACCGAAAGGACUUACGUGCAAGAUUUAAAAAGCAUCGUAGAGGAUUACCUUGACUGCAUCAGGGACCAAACAAAACUUCCUCUGGGGACAGAAGAAAGAUCAGCCCUUUUUGGAAACAUAGAGGAUAUCUACCACUUUAAUAGUGAACUUCUGCAAGAUUUGGAAAACUGUGAAAAUGAUCCUGUGGCCAUAGCAGAAUGUUUCGUGUCCAAGAGUGAAGAGUUCCACAUUUACACCCAGUAUUGCACUAACUACCCGAGAUCAGUGGCUGUGCUCACAGAGUGCAUGAGGAACAAGAUGCUGGCCAAAUUCUUCAGGGAACGUCAGGAAACUUUGAAACACUCUCUGCCUCUGGGCUCCUAUCUCUUAAAACCAGUUCAGCGGAUUCUCAAGUAUCAUCUCCUUCUGCAUGAAAUAGAAAAUCACCUUGACAAGGACACAGAAGGCUAUGACGUGGUGCUUGAUGCCAUAGACACGAUGCAGCGAGUAGCCUGGCACAUCAACGAUAUGAAACGGAAACACGAGCACGCUGUCCGGUUACAGGAGAUACAGAGUUUGCUCACUAACUGGAAGGGACCAGACCUGACCAGCUACGGGGAACUGGUACUCGAGGGAACCUUCCGCCUCCAGCGGGCCAAGAAUGAGCGGACCCUCUUCCUCUUUGACAAGCUGCUUCUCAUCACCAAGAAGAGAGACGACACGUUUACAUACAAAGCUCACAUCCUGUGUGGCAACCUCAUGCUAGUGGAAGUGAUACCCAAGGAGCCGCUCAGCUUCAGCGUCUUCCAUUAUAAGAAUCCUAAGCUGCAGCACACUGUUCAGGCCAAAUCCCAGCAAGACAAACGCCUGUGGGUUCUGCACCUGAAGAGACUGAUCCUGGAGAAUCAUGCGGCAAAGAUUCCGGCUAAGGCCAAGCAAGCAAUACUUGAAAUGGAUGCCAUUCAUUAUCCGGGCUUCUGUUACAGUCCUGAUGGAGAGAUGAAAACAUUUUGUGGUUCCAGAGAUGGUUCUGCCCCGUAUCGGCUGAGAAGAAAAUCUGAACCUUCCUCAAGAUCACAUAAAGUUUUGAAGACCAGUGAAACAGCACAAGACAUCCAAAAGGUUUCCAGAGAGGAAGGAUCUCCCCAGCUGACUUCAGCAGGGCCAUCUCCCGCCCAGAGGAGCAGUCAGCCAAGUGGGUCUGCCAUUAUCAGCGUGCUUCGCGGGGGUGGGGCCGUCAGAAACAUCUGGACGGACCAUCAGAUCAGGCAAGCCUUGUUUCCCAGUCGACGGUCCCCACAGGAGAAUGAGGAUGAUGAAGAUGAUUAUCAGAUGUUCGUGCCAUCCUUUUCCUCUUCAGAUUUGAACUCGACCAGACUGUGCGAAGACAGCACUUCGAGUCGCCCUUGCAGUUGGCAUAUGGGACAGAUUGAGUCCACGGAGACUGCCAGCUCUGGACACAGGGUUGUUAGGCGGGCCAGCAGUGCUGGCGAGAGCAACACAUGCCCCCCUGAAAUAAGAAUUAGGGACAGUGAUGGCUCUCAGUACAGCCCCCGGAGGGAACUGCAGAGUGACCCUAAAACAGAAGGGCAGGAUGGAAUGACUCCCUUUGGGUCUUCUAUAGAGUUGACUAUUGAUGAUAUAGACCAUGUCUAUGAUAACAUAAGUUAUGAGGACUUAAAACUAAUGGUUGCUAAACGGGAAGAGGCUGAAUCCACUCCCCUCAAAUCAGCCAGGGACUCUGUUCGCCCCAAGAGCACCCCGGACCUAGCCUUCUCAAAGAGGCAAGUUGGCCAUGAGAAGAGCUCUCUGCACACAAAGAGAGAUGGCGCUCUAACAGGUCAAGAGAUGUCGAACCAAAGCACCCCUGAGCUGCAGGUGGUUGAGGAAAACAUCUAUGAUACCAUCAGGCUCCCAGACCCACCCUCACUGGAUUUCAAAUGCAGCAGCCUAAAGCGCUCCAAGAGGAGCACCUUCUUGGGUCUGGAAGCCGACUUUGCGUGCUGUGACAGUCUGAGGCCCUUUGUCUCCCAGGAUAGCCUCCAGUUCAGCGAGGACGAGACACCUUACCCCCAGGGACCCUCUGAUCAUGAUUAUUUGAGUUUGCUAUAUAACUCUUCCAGCUGUAACUUGUCUGUGGCUGAUAAGUCUAUAUCUGAUAAACUGUCUGAAGAAGUAGACGAAAUCUGGAAUGACCUGGAAAAUUACAUCAAGAAAAAUGAAGACAAAGCCAGGGACCGGCUCCUCGCAGCAUUUCCGGUUACCAAAGAUGAUGUGCAAGACAGGCUGCAUGCCGAGAGCACGCCUAAGCUAAGCAGAGAGGCAGGGCAUUCCGUGUCCAUGCUCUCACUUCCCCAGAGCCAUGCUUUCCUUUCGCCACUGAAAGACAGGCCUGGCCGAGCUGGCCGGGCGCACUGCCCGUUUGAAGAUGACCUGAUUUCUAAAGAAGGCUCCUUUAUGAGUCUGAACCGGCUCUCUCUGGCCAGUGAAGUACCUCCCAUGGAAAACCCCUAUGACUUGGCCCACGGCAGCCUGUCCCAAACAGACCUGGACAACCCUGACCCUGGAAUGGAAGCCACAGAUAAGACAAAAAGCAGGGUUUUUAUGAUGGCGAGGCAGUACAGCCAGAAGAUCAAGAAGGCAAAUCAACUUUUAAGAGUGAAAAGCCCAGAGUUGGAGCAGCCCCCGGCCAGCCAGCAGCAUAAAUCCGCGCACAAGGAUCUGGCAGCCAUCUUGGAAGAUAAGAAGCAAGGAGGGGCGGCCAUCGGUGCCAGGAUUGCUGAGUAUUCCCAACUAUAUGACCAGAUCGUAUUCAGAGAGACUCCCGCUAAGACUCAGAAGGAUGGCUGGGCCAGCCCUCAAGAAUCUUCCAUCCUCAGGUCUACAUCACCUUCCCAGGCCCAAUGUGGUAGCGAGGAUUGGCUUCUGCAUUCAACCUAUAGUAACGGAGAGUUAGCAGAUUUCUGUCUCCGACCAGAGCAAGACUUGAAGUCCAAAUAUCCCACUUUCGAGAUCAAUACAAAAAGUAGUCCAAGACAGUUGUCCACAGCUUGCUCCGUGCCUUCUCUUCAAACCUCCGACCCUCUGCUGGGCUCCAUACAGAGACACAGCGUGGUGGUCAGCCAGCCCCACAAAGAGAACUCACGUCAGGGCCAUCUUUACAACUCUUUGGGUCGGAAAGGAAUCAGCGCUAAGUCUCAGCCUUAUAACAGGUCCCAGUCAUCUUCCUCAAUCUUAAUAAACAAGUCAGUGGACUCCAUCAACUACCCUAGUGAAACGGAAAAGAAACAGCUGCUGUCUUUACACAAAAGCUCAAGGUGCGAGAGUCACCAGGAUUUGCUGCCAGGUAUUACUGACUCGUGUCAACAGGGCACCGAAAAACGCUCAGAUCUCACACUCCAAGACUCACGGAAAGUUCUGGUAGUGAAUAGACAUUCACCUUUAAAUGCCCAAAUAGCCACACAGAACUAUUUUUCCAAUUUCAAAGAGACCGAAGGAGAUGAAGAUGACUAUGUGGAAAUAAAGUCAGAGGAAGAUGAGUCAGAGCUAGAGUCUUCUCACAAUCGUAGAAGGAAAUCUGACCCAAAGAUUACGGAUGCUGACUUUUCUGAGGUCUGCAGCAACAAGACGUCGUGCUCUUUGAGUAGUCCGUGUACUCCAAAAAAGUCAGUGAGCGGCAAACUGGGGAUUUCGCCAUAUCUGACAUCGUGUGAUGAUUCUGAUAAACUGAAUGACUAUCUCUGGAGGGGGCCUUCUCCCAAUCAGCAAAAUAUUGUCCAAUCUCUUAGGGAAAAAUUUCAAUGUCUUAGUUCAAGCAGCUUUGCCUAAGGUUCUUAGUAGCAGCUGCCUGAAUUAAUUUCUUAUUCUGCUCAUAAAUUACAAAUACUGAGAGGUGUUUUAUAUGUACCAAAUUAAAACAAUUUUGUAACAACCAGAGGUGUAAAAUAUACUUUCUUUUAACAGCACAACUUUUUGAAAUGGCUGAGGAUCCAGCCAGGAUUGUACUGUAGCAAAUAUCAGCAUCUAACAGUGUGUUUUCUGAUACUGAUUGUCUUCAUGUUUCAUGUAAGUCAAUCUUACUCGAAAAUUUGUAGGC